AUGGCGGGCGUGCAAGCUGCUAAGAGAGAGCUGCGCAGCAAGAUCAAAACCGUCUUGUCUGGUCUCUCAGCAGAGGCUAUCAAUAGGCAAUCUUCUACGAUAACAAAAGGCCUUUUGUCGUUACCAGAAUAUCAGGCAGCCAAACGCCUCAGCGUAUAUCUCGCAAUGCCGUCUGGAGAGGCUCAGACGGCAGAGGUCGUUCGAGACGCAUUCAAACAGGGAAAACAGGUGUUCGUGCCGUAUAUAUAUCGGCUGAGCACUGCUGCUCCACAUGAGAGAGCGUCCAUAAUGGAGAUGCUUGCGCUUCAUUCGAUCGAAGAUUACGAGUCUCUACAGCCGGAUAAAUGGGGGAUCCCAUCGCUAGAUGGGAGCACGCUCGCCACAAGAGAAAAUUGCCUGGGGGGACAUGGACUUCUUGGCCGCUCGCCCCCGCCAGGAGAAGCAAAAGACUCUGCUUUGGAUUUAAUAGUUGUGCCUGGUUUAGGUUUUGAUGAAGACUUCGGAAGGCUUGGUCAUGGUAGAGGGUAUUAUGAUCAUUUCAUAGUGAAACUCCGCCACGAGCAGGGCGGCGCAGGCCGAAAGCCUUACCUUGCCGCUCUUACUCUUCAAGAGCAACUGCUUCCUUCAUCAGAACGCGUCCCAGUUGCAGAGCAUGACUACCCAAUGGACGCGCUUGUCGUGGGCGAUGGGAGGACGCUGAAGCGGGCAUAA